AUGCCGAUUAGUGAAGAGUUUAAAACAGAAGUGGGUAGUGCUUUUGGUCCUAGCAUUAAAUUAUCAGAUGAAGAAUAUGAGAAAAUUCAAUGGUUAUCAGAUACGUAUGAAAAAUCAAUUGAAGAUUUAUUCUUGGAAUGGGAAUCAUUUAACGUUACUGAAGUUCAACAAGAUUUAGAUUUGAAUUUGGAUAGUUUGAAUCAAUUGCAAAGUUAUUUACAAACAAAAUUAUCCAAGAAUCAAACACCAAGUUUUAAGAAAAUUAAAGAUGGAAUUACAUUAGGUGGAUCAAAUAAAAAAUUAAAGAGAAAUAAUAAUGAGCUUAGUAGUGGUGGACAUAUUCCAAGUACUCCGUAUUUGAAAAGGAAAAAACUUGAUGAUGAAUUAGGAAGUAAUGGAUUGAAUACUACACCUGAUUUUAAAACUCCUAUGGCUUAUGGAGUUACUAGUUCUCCUGGUGCUACUGAUUUUGAAACUGCAAAUAAUACAUUUGCUGGGAAUAAUAACGCAUCUAAUUCAUUAUUGGAAACAUUAAAUCCUGAAAUUGAUGAAAUUGAAAAUGAUGAAUUACCAGAAGAUAGACCAUUUAAAUUGGCAACCAAUUUUGAUUCAACUAAAUUUAAAUUUCGUACGAUGCAAAUGAAAUUAUUAGAAAGUGCAGAUGUUUUAGAUGAUCAAAUUGAUAGAAUGAUCAAUUUAUAUCAAGAACAAAAUAAAACUGCCGAUUUGCAAUUUGGAAAUCCUUGUUUAAGUACUCAAUCUGAUAUUUUAUGUUGUGGUAGAAUUGUCCCAGAUAAUCCAAUGUAUGAUAAAGAAAUUCUAAAUAACACCAGUUUAUUUUUAGAAACAUCAAGAAUGUCUGGUAUUGGACAAAGAGUUCCUUUGAAUAUUGAUAACUUAAAAUCAUAUUCCUUUUUCCCAGGUCAAAUUGUUGUUUUCAAAGGGAAGAAUCCAAGUGGGAAGUCGUUCAUUGUUGAAGAAAAUAUGUCAUUACCUCAAUUGGGUGCUCCAGUUACAAGUAGUGAUGAGUUAAGAGAAUUUGAAGAAUUACAGAAAUCAACACAAGGGUUGAAAUUACUAAUUGCUUCAGGUCCAUUUUCAAAUCUGAAUAAAUUGAAUUUUGAUAAAUUAGAACUUCUUAUUAAUCAAAUCAAUACCAAAAUAUUGCCAAAUGUUGUUAUUCUCAAUGGUCCAUUUUUGGAUUUAACCAAUAAAGUUAUUGAAUCUGGUGAUAUUGAAAUUGAAAAAUCUCAAGAACAACCUAAAAAUCUUGAUGAUGUUUUUAAAUUACUUGUCACUCCAGUAUUAAAGAAAAUAGAUCCAAAGAUUCAAGUUAUCUUAUAUCCAAAUUUGAAAGAUACUUGCGUUAAACAUUGUUCAUAUCCUCAAGAUGCAUUUGAUAGAAAGAAACUUGGAUUACCUAAAAAUUUCAGAGUUUUCCCUAAUCCAAGUAGUUUUCAAAUUAAUGAAAUAUUAAUUGGUAAUUCCAAUUUAGAUAUUUUUAAAGAUUUACGUGAUGUUUUCAAAGAAGACACCGAAGUAUUAUCUAACAGCAAUAGAUUUGAAAGAAUUAUUAAUCAUAUGUUUGAACAAAGACGUUAUUAUCCUGCAUUUCCAGGUUCAAUAGCUCAUCAACCUAAAACAUCCAAUACUGAAUUAUUUAAUGGUGCGGAAGGGGAGCAUUUAGAUGGUUUGACAGUUGGUGGAUCUUCAUUGGAAACUCCAUAUUUAGGAUUAACUGAAUUAGGUGAUUCAUUACCUGAUAUUUUAAUACUACCUUCAGAAUUGAAAUAUUUUGCUAAAGUUGUCCAAGGUGUUGUGGUUAUUAAUCCAGGUUUAUUCAUUAAACCAAGUAAAGAUCCAAAUAGAGAAGAUGGUAAUUAUGCUGUUGUUCAUAUUAAACCUCCUAAUUUAGAAGAUGAUGAAAAUAAUGUUGACUCGAUCGAUGAUACAAAUACUUUAUAUUAUCAUAAUGUUUAUAAAAGAUCUCGUAUAGAUAUUUACUCGAGUUAA